AUGGCGCCGCUGCGCUUCUCUGCAAAUCUGUCGUGGUUGUUUCCCGAACUCCCCGUACUCUCCGCGCGGCUCCGGGCCGCGGGCAGUGCGGGCUUUGAGGCCGCCGAGGUGGCCUUCCCGUACGCGGAGCCGGCGGAGGCGUUGGCGCGCGCGGGGCAAGAAGCAGGACUGAGGCUGGUGUUGAUCAACACGCCCCCGGGAGACCAAGAGAAGGGGGAAAUGGGUCUGGGGGCUGUACCCGGGAGACAGGCCGCCUUCCGAGAGGGGCUGGAGCAGGCUGUGCUCUAUGCCAAGGCUCUGGGCUGCCCCAGAAUUCACCUGAUGGCGGGCCGUGUACCCCUGGGGGCUGAUCGAGCAGCUGUCAAGGCUGAGAUGGAAACAGUUUUUCUGGAGAACCUGAGGCAUGCAGCUGGGGUCUUGGCUCAGGAGAACCUCGUGGGACUGCUGGAACCCAUCAACACCCGCAUCACUGACCCCCGGUACUUCCUGGACACCCCCCAGCAGGCGGCAGCCAUCUUACAGAAGGUUGGCAGACCCAACCUCCAGUUACAAAUGGACAUAUUCCACUGGCAGAUCAUGGAUGGGAACCUGACAGGAAACAUCCGAGAGUUCUUGCCCAUCACUGGACACGUGCAAAUGGCACAGGUUCCAGGUCGGGGGGAGCCUGACAGCCCUGGAGAACUGAACUUUCCCUACCUAUUCCAGUUGUUAGAAGAUGAAGGCUACCAAGGCUUUGUGGGCUGAGACACCGUAGAGGGCUUGACAUGGCUGCAUUCCUACUGGAACAGGCAGGGGCGCCCACAGGCUGGCCAGUAAGGUCCUGCACACCACCCAUGUUCUCUGGAACCACUGGUGAGCAUCUUGCAUCUGCUCCUCUGAAUUAAAGACAUUCUGCUGAA